AUGCUGAGUCACAUGCAGUGCCUCGGAAAUCAUGGACGAGCCACAUGUAGGGAAACUUGCACGUGUGGUUCUAGCCGGGGACCCCGGUAUACUGUACUAAUAUGUGUAGGUUCCCGUAAUUCGAGUGAGAUUGUCAUGGCGCAAAAGCAGAUAUGGUCUGGUAUUCCCUUGUUCCUUGUAUUGGUUAUGUUCUUUAUAUCUCGUCUAGAAGAAACUAAUCGAGCUCUGUUUUAUCUCCCAGAAGCGGAAGCUGAAUCAGUUGCAGGCUAUUAUGUAGAAUAUGCGCGGGCUGUGAUCCUUAAUAGUUCACUGUUGGCGGAAGCCAAUGUCCCAGGGUCUCGGGGACUCAUUCUGACUGAAACAAGGGGCGGGUCUUUACCAACUUCCAAAUAUUCUAUUUUAGGGAAGCCAAAAAAGGUGAGCGCCUAGCGCGAAAGGUUGCUUUACUAAGUAAGAUAAGGCAAGAAGC